CCUGCAAAGUUUUCUUUGCCAAGGACCCUCUGAAGAUAGUGCGUGCUCAGGGCCAAUAUAUGUUUGAUGAGAAAGGAGAAAAAUACUUAGACUGUAUCAACAAUGUUGCACAUGUUGGCCACAGUCAUCCAUAUGUGAUAAAGGCUGCAACAAAACAGAUGGAACUGCUCAAUACAAAUUCCCGGUUCCUGCAUGACAACCUUGUUCAGUACGCGCAGCGUCUUACAGCCACUCUGCCUGAGAAACUCUCUGUUUGCUAUUUUGUUAACUCUGGGUCUGAAGCAAAUGAUCUUGCUUUACGACUGGCUCGUCAGUACCAUGGGCACCAAGAUGUCAUCACCCUUGAAAAUGCUUACCAUGGCCAUGUUACAUCUCUGAUUGACAUCAGCCCCUAUAAAUUUAAUCAGCUGGGAAAGGACAGCAAGAAGGAGUUUGUGCAUGUGGCUCCUUCUCCAGAUAUCUACAGGGGGAAAUAUAGGGAAGACCACCCAGAUCCAGCAAGUGCUUAUGCUGAAGAGGUGAAAAAGAUUAUUGACGAAACACAGAAGAAUGGGCGCAAGAUUGCUGCCUUCAUAGCUGAAUCCAUGCAGAGCUGUGGAGGCCAAAUAAUACCACCUGUGGGCUAUUUCCAGAAAGUGGCAGAGUACGUGCGUGCAGCAGGUGGUGUGUUCAUAGCUGAUGAGGUCCAGGUUGGCUUUGGCAGAGUUGGGAAGCAUUUUUGGGCAUUCCAGCUGCAAGGUGAAGACUUUGUGCCUGACAUUGUCACCAUGGGAAAGCCCAUUGGCAAUGGCCACCCUAUGUCUUGUGUUGUCACAACAAGGGAGAUCGCUGAAAGUUUUGGUGCCUCCGGACUGGAGUAUUUCAAUACAUUUGGAGGAAAUCCAGUGUCUUGUGCUAUUGGUCUGGCUGUGCUGGACGUAAUUGAAAAAGAAGAUCUCCAAGGAAAUGCUACGCGUGUAGGAAAUUAUCUCCUGGAUCUGCUAGCCGAGCAAAAGGAAAAACAUCCUUUAGUGGGAGAUAUCAGGGGUGUUGGCUUGUUUGUUGGAGUGGAUCUGGUGAAAGAUCAACAAAUGCGAACACCAGCCACGGCUGAAGCCCUUCACCUGAUUUACAAGCUGAAGGAACGUCAAAUCCUUCUCAGUGCAGAUGGACCCCACAGAAAUAUACUGAAAUUUAAACCGCCAAUGUGUUUCACGAUGGAAGAUGCAAAACACGUAGUGGAGACAAUUGAUGCACUUCUCACAGAAAUAGAAGAGGCAACUGGAAUGAAGACAGAAAAUAAUGCAUCUACAAAUACACAGUGUAAAAGAAAAAUGACUGAAGGGAGGCCUCAACUGGAGGGUGCAAAUGAAAGCAUCAGCCAUAUGAAUGGAGCUGCCUGCAGACAAGAAAAUGGGCUUUAUUCUCAAAAACACUCAGUGCCAAGUGAAAGAAUAAGAACAUGAAGAGGGAAAGUUUCCUCAUUCCGUUUGAAUU